UGUGGAAAGGUCUCGUAAAUUUGCUCAGUGUCCUUCCUGCGUUCAAUCCCUGAUGCAGCUGUGUUUGUUAUGGUGUUGUUUAAAUAUCCAAAUAGCUUCUGCCUCCUUAAAUGAGCGUGUUUGAUCUCUUUCGUGGAUUUUUUGGGGUCCCCGGUGGUCAUUAUCGUGGAGGUGAUCGGAGGGACCCGUUCUUUGAUGGGAUUUUGAAUGAGGAUGAUGAAGACGAUGAUGAUGACAGUGGAAUUCACUAUGAUGACUUUAAGAGGCCCCAUCGGGACCCGUUUGAUGAUGCCUUCAGAUUCGGUUUCAGUUUCGGACCUGGCGGGAUGCGCUUUGAGGAACCUCAAGGGUUCGGCCAGAUCUUCAAGGAGAUAGAAGAGAUCUUUGCUAAUUCAGGUCGCUUUGAUGGACAAGAUGGGUUUGGACACAGAAAUAUCCCAUGGAUUGAAGCUCCGCCUCCUCUAGAUGGUGCUAAGAAAGGCCAGGGUGGAGGUGGAAACUCCCUCAGGGAUUUUAUGUUGAAGUCUCCCGAGAGUUCACACCCAAACCCAUCCCUCCCUCCUCCCUCUGUGACGCCGAAAGAUGGGGGUUCCUCAUCUCCUCAGGGUCCCAGUGACCCCUUUCCUCAUUGGAGACCCUUUUCAAAGUUUCAUGACCUUUGGAAAGAUGGUCUGUCAAGGCCAAAGGAAGAAGAGAGAAAAGAGGAUGGAGAUCUUGACACCCAGGUGUCAUCAGGUGGGCUGGAUCAGAUCUUAACCCCAGCACCUUCACAGCCGAAGAUCAGGUCAUUUUUUAAAUCUGUCAGUGUCUCCAAAGUGGUCCGACCAGAUGGAACUAUUGAAGAAAGAAGAACAGUCAGAGACAGUGAAGGGAAUGAAGAGACUACAGUAAGUGUUACAGGAGGUCCUGGUGUAGAAGAUCAAAAUGGUCCUGUCAUGCCAGGUGGUUCUCCAUCGUCCGGUUAUAUGCAGGAUGAUUUCUCAUUGUUUUCUAAGUUCUUUGGAGGCUUUCGGGGUUGAAAGAGCUCAGGAUUUACAUACUGUAUAAAGGACAAUAUCUUUUCAUCCUUCCUUCAUAAUCCUACCAACUGCAAAAAACAGUAAUGAUCUUAAUUUCACACAAUUCAGUUUGAUUUAAUUCAUCACUGCACAUCUGUCGAGAUCCAGUAGUGAAAACCUUUACUCCAGUAUUGCAAAAUAAAGACAAAAAUAAAUCUGCGGGCCUUGCUAUUUUUAAUAUAAUUAUUAGGAAUGGACACAUAAUUAUGUCAUUAAUACAAACUGCGUCAGUUGUAGUUCGUGCCACAAUGCUUUAAAGAUUAUUUAAAAAAAAGGAGAUGAAUCACACUGACUGUCACAAAUUUAGUCAAGAUGAAAUAUGAAAAAACAUCAGAUGAUUAUGCAGUGGAACAUUAAUAUUUUAUCAUAAAUUGUAUUUUUAAAUGUGUUUGCAUUCUGUAAAUAAAAUAAUAAAAAAUGA